UUUUCCUCCUUCGGUCCCGUCGUCGAGAUGAUGGCGGAGGAUGACAUUGUGUACACGACGGAAUACGACGUGAUCGUCGUGGGGACUGGCAUCGUCGAGUCCAUUGUGGCGGCGUCGCUUGCCCGUGCGGGUCAAAAGGUGUUGCACCUCGACACGAACGAGUACUACGGGUCCGACUUUGCCUCGUUGCCCUUGCACCAGUUCGAAGAGUGGAUGACGGCUCAACCACCUCCCCCGACUUCAGACGCUCCGACGCAACCAUAUCCGUUGACCAAUGCGUUUCGCUGCACGCUCCUGCAUCAGUCGAAAGCCGACACGUUCCAACCCCGGUCGUCUUCGUUCAGCUUGGAUAUUCAGCCCAAGAUGCUCCUGUCCAACAGCCCGCUUGUGGACGUCCUAGUCCAUUCCGGCGUCGGUCGGUACCUCGACUUUAUGGCAAUGCAAGGCACCUUCAUGUACUCUGCCCAGCCUCAAAACAAGAACCCGCCCAUCUGGGAAGUCCCGUGUUCCAAACCCGACGUGUUCAAGAGCAAACUCAACGUGCUCGAAAAACGGCAUUUGAUGAAGUUUUUGCAAUUUGUUGCUGAUUACGGCGAAGCCGAUGUGACGACACUCAACGAGCGCGAUCUCACGGCCAGCCGCGCAUUGAAACGCCCGCAGAACAAGCAACACGACGACAAGCUCACUACCACCUUUGACCAGUAUGCUUCGUUUACAGAUGUGCUGUCGACGCACUUCAAACUGUCGGCUGCCCUGCAGCAAGUGGUGCGCUACGCGGUGCUCCUGCAGCCCACGAGUCCGCACCCGUCGGUCGAGCUGUCGACGUCGGACAGCCUCGACGCCAUCUUCGCAUUCGUCACGUCCAUCGGCAAGUUUGCGCCGUCGCCGUACUUGACCCCCAUGUACGGCAUUUCCGAAGUCGCGCAGAGUUUCUGUCGCCUCAGCGCCGUGUACAAUGGCACGUAUAUCCUGCGCACGUCGCUGUCCCAUCUGGAUGUACGACCCUCUGUCGAUGAUGCAACCAGUGGUGGCCAUCUGGAUGUACGACCUCCUCCUGUCGAUGAGACAACCAGUAGUGGCCAUGUGGAUGUACGAGCCUCUGUCGAUGAUACAACCAGUAGUGGCCAUCUGGAUGUACGACCCUCUGUCGAUGGUACAACCAGUGGUGACUUGUGCGUGGGCAUGUCGACGACUGACGGCAAGUCGUUUCGUGCCAAGCACGUCGUGUUGAAUGCAUCGUCAUAUGCGCAUUCCAUCGGGUACACGCCGCACACCGCCCUGUUGCGGGGCAUUUUUGUUGUCGAUACGUCCAUACAAGUUGGCGUGGAUCGGCUGGUGCUGGUGCUGCCGCCUGGUGAAGUCGCCCAUCCCAACGCCGCGCUAUCGGGAUCUUGGGCCGUCCAUGUGCUUCAAAUGGACUCGACCAUGGGCGUGUGUGCUUCUGGAACGUUCUUGAUUCACGUGACAACGGUCGCGCCUCUUGAUACCCCUGCGGAGGACUUGGUGUCGUACAUGCACGCGAUCUACGCCUGUUUGUAUCCUGCCAAUGCGGUCACGCCCGUGUGGAGCGCUGUGUUCACCAUCCCAAGUAGUAUUACUAGUCCAACGACUACUCGUAGUCUGGCCAAUGUACAUGUGUGUCCUUCGCCUCCCCUAUUGGACACGACGUUGGCGACGUGUGUGGCCGACGCGCGCGCGAUUUUCCGAGCCAUUUGCCCCGAGGAAACCCUAUUGUUUUUGCCCAAGUCGGAAGAAGCCCACGCGGAAGCGGGUAACGGCGCCGAUUCCGAUUCGGACGUGGCGCUCCUGGACCAAGCCGCGCAGUUGCUUCAAACUAGUGUAACCGAGGCUGGCAAACGUAGUAUCGAAGACCACUCAAAAGGCGAGGUGGCAGUGUUGAGUAGUACUAGUAGUACUAGUAGUACUGUGAACGGAUCGAAUGACAGCCCAUAACCCAACCGCGUUUGACGUUGAAGUAGAAUGAUGUUGUGCUAUAAUGUUGUUAUAAACUGUCCAGCCACAGACGAA